GCAGGUGCGUCUGCGUCUUGCGUGGCACGGCCACCUUUACUAUUUUCUUGUCGUCCAUUUCAUCUUCCAGCAAAUCCUUCUUCCUGCUGUCAGCAUCCUGGAAUCACCGCCAAAUCCUUUCUGAUAUCUUCUAUUCUGUAUUCUUUGUCUCUUUUGUUUGUCCUAUUCUUUGAUAGCCCGGCCUGUUCCACGGCGACCUGGGAUACCACAGCCAUCCUUCCCGAGGCAUCACCAUUUCGACCACUGUCCCCAACCAUUCAACUCUGGAAGGCUGGGGCUUACAAUAUCGGAUGUCUCUGGGCCAUAUUUUAGCUGGUUCGCGAUUGUAGACGGAGAGAAUCCCACCUUGGUCGUUCGUUUUGCCGAAUCGUCGCUCAGUUUCCCUAUACGGUCCGCGUUUACGCCCCUCUAUUUGCGAUUUUCCUCAUCGCGCUUGACCUUCUCCCGUCCGUCCUUUUUCGACCGUGUUUGACACGGAUAACAUAUAUCAAUCAUGUCGUCAGGACCGGUUCGAUAUGUCCGGUAUCUGCUGUUUGCGGCGCUGGGACUGGGUAUCCUCUUUUUCAUUUCGAGAUCCGCGAUUCCUAUGCCCGAUACUGCUACGCUAUCAAAAUUGAAUCCGUCGACUUAUAAAGGCAAAGGUUCCCUUACAGUGACUGGCGGGUCAGCAAGCCCAUCGCAAGAUGGUGCUGCGUUGUCAUAUCCAUCUAAUGCGUCCGGGUCAGAGGGCGUUAGUGUUCGCCCGGAAACCCGUGUGAAUGCGACUUUCGUGACGUUGGCUCGCAACUCGGAUAUCUGGGAUUUGGCACGAUCGAUCCGACAAGUUGAGGACCGCUUCAACCGCAACUACCACUACGACUGGGUAUUCUUGAACGACAAGGAAUUUGAUGAUGAUUUCAAGAAACUCACCACGUCGCUGGUCUCGGGGACAACGCACUACGGAAUUAUCCCCAGAGAACACUGGUCAUACCCCGACUGGGUCGACCAGGAGAAGGCAAAGAAGGCUCGACAGGCGAUGGGACAAAAGAAGAUCAUUUAUGGUGACUCGGAGAGUUACCGUCACAUGUGUCGCUAUGAGUCUGGAUUCUUCUUCCGCCACCCAUUGAUGAUGAACUACGAAUACUACUGGCGGGUGGAGCCCAGCAUUGAGCUCUUCUGUGACAUUGCCUACGACCCAUUCCGCUUCAUGAAGGAGAACAACAAGAAGUACAGCUUUACGCUAAGUUUGUAUGAGUAUUAUGAGACUAUCCCUACUUUGUGGGAUAGCGUGAAGAAGUUCAUGGGUAACCACCCUGAACACAUCGCAUCCGGGAACUCCAUGGACUUUUUGAGUGACGAUGGUGGAAAUACCUACAACAAGUGUCACUUCUGGUCCAACUUCGAAAUCGGAAGCCUGGAAUGGCUGAGGUCAAAGGAGUACAUCGACUAUUUUGAAUCUCUUGACCGUGAUGGUGGUUUCUUCUAUGAGCGAUGGGGAGACGCACCCGUUCACUCGAUUGCUGCUGGUAUCCUCCUUAGCAAGCCAGAGAUCCAUUUCUGGAACGAAAUUGCCUACUACCACAUUCCCUUUACCCACUGCCCGACAAGCGAGAAGAUGAGACUCGAUCUGAGAUGCCACUGCAACCCCGAGAAUAACUUUGACUGGAAGGGAUACUCAUGCACUUCCCGAUACUUCCACGUCAAUAGCCUGCAAAAGCCGGAGGGCUACGAGGGACAGCAAUGACUAACUGUCCUUAAAAUCACAUGUCUGGUUUUGGCAUUGUUCAGCAUUGGUAGUAUUGGCUUUGCAAUGCGCAGGAGUGUCAGAUUGAAGGUAAUCUUUUGGGUGGACCAAUUGAUUGAUAGAUGGUUUUGAGCCACUACAAAUUGGAUGCUGGAUUUUCGAAAGAUGUCUUCAAUUUCUUUCUUUGAAUUUAAAGCGAUUGUUCUUCACCAUGUGUCUUAGUAUAUGGGUUUUUCUCUCUUCUCUUCUCGAUUUUGACUUCAUACAUGCAAAAUUUUCUCAUUCUAUAAGGCAUUCAGAUCAACCAGCAAAAUUACAUGCAUUCGAUUUCGGG